AGCAUUGUGGGACUCGCGUGUCGUCGCGUGAUUGAAUAACAUAUUUUAACGUGACAAGAUUGUGUAGCUUUACAUGCUGAAAGUCGCUGUAUGUAGCUUUUCAAUGUAAAAAAAAAAAAAAAAAGGUUUGGACAAUAUUCGGCUCUACUCGGGUAGGAACUCCUCUUCGGCUGCUUUUGCACACGGAAGACUGAUAACGUAGCUGCCGAUUGUCAAUGUGGUCACGUGUGUUUUGAAAAGUUUUAACGGAUGGAAAAGAGCAGGAGCUUCGUUGCUUUCAAAUGCUAUUUUGAAGCAAAACAAGUCUAACAUCGCGACUCACCGCAUUUAUACCUUUUGACAAACCUGCCGCUAUUGUCCCAGCAGCUGUUUUACUUUAACACUCGCUAGCUUUAGAUAACGUUACCUGCCUGUCUUUGGCUAACAUUAGCUUAUAGCAGCGCUGUGGACAGUCGGGUCUCGCUGUCUCAAGGGGAAUUAUACCUGUUCCGUUUUAAACGCUGGUGCCUAUAGCUUCAGUUAGACUGCGUUUCAGCAGACUCGGUUGAGUUUAGGUUAUCCAGGUUUAGAGGUCUCGUCCAAAAAUGGUGUUUUUCACCUGCAACGCGUGCGGUGAAUCACUGAAAAAAGCUCAGGUUGAUAAACACGUGAACAUGUGCCGGGGCUGCCAGGUGCUGUCCUGCAUCGACUGUGGAAAAGACUUUUGGGGGGGUGACUACAAGAACCACAAUAAAUGUAUCAGUGAAGAUCAGAAGUACGGAGGCAAAGGCUACGAGGCUAAGGCAAACAAAGGAGAUGUGAAGCAGCAGCAGUGGAUCCAGAGAAUCCACGAAGCCAUGAACAAACCUGGGGUCAGUGCAAAGCUAAAGGAUGUUCUCAUACAAGUCAGUGCGUAUGAUAACGUCCCUAGAAAGAAGGCCAAGUUUCAGAACUGGAUGAGAAACAGUCUUAAAAUAGCCAACACCAGUCUUCAUGAUGAAGUCUGGAACAUCCUCGCUGCAGCUGACAAUGCUCCGGAGGUCCCCCAGCAGACUACAAAAGAUGAACAGACAGUGGCUGAAGUCAAAGUGCAUACUAAUGGCAAUGAAAAGCAGAAUGGCCAGCCAGAUGUUGAGAAGAAGAAGCUGAACAAACGGGAGCGUAAAGAGGCCCGUCAGCAGAAGAACGGAAAAGCUAAGAAAGGUGCAGAAAAAACACUCUCACAAGAGCCAGAGGAAGACAAGGCAGGCAAAAAGAAACAGAGGGACAGAAAGAGAAAGCACAGCUGUGAAGAGGACGGAGAUGAAGAGCAGAAUGGGCACAGUGCUGAAAAUGAGACAUUAAGCAAGAAAACGAAGAUUGACAAAACAGCAGAGGCUGCUGAUGUAGACAUGUCAGAGGAGACUGAGGAUCAAACUGCUUCCAAAGGCAAAUUCAACUGGAAGGGGAAUAUCAAAGCAGUACUGAGAGACUCACCUGACCAGGAACUGUCGUUGAAGAAAAUUAGGAAGAAGGUUGUGGCAGCAUACUAUUCUUUCACUGGUGAUGGAAAUUUUAAAACGGAGGAGGAGGUUCUAGCACUAUUCAACAAGAAGAUCAACAACAAUCCCAAAUUUAGAGUUUUGAAAGACAGAGUUAGACUUGUAAAGUAGACUUUUUCAUCUCACCCCUCUGACAUGAAAUGUAUGUUCAUAGACUUUUAAAUUUAAAAGCCAUUGUUGUCUGCCAUUCUCUUUUGGAUGUUUUUAUACAGAUGACAUAAUCUCGAAGAUUAAAUCAUUUUAUAACUGAA